GUGGCGAGGACGGGGACCGGUCCGUGAGCUCCGCCCUCAUCAUGGCCACGCUUGCCCACGCUGCAAUGGACACGCCCAAGAGCUACCCGGCAACCGAUUUCCUUUUCUACUGCCAGAACAUCUGCGAUUUGAUGAGCAUCCCACUCAAGCAAGAUUUG